UCCUUGGAGAGUGCAUGUCUUGGUGUCCUUUGUUUUCCCUGUUCUGUGUAAUGGUCACAUGAUGAAAGAGUUGCUUCGUCUGGAUUUUAGUCAUUCCUUAUCAGUAUUUAGAUUGUAUUUCAGUUUGCCUUCCUGAACAGACUACUGUGUAUGUGCGUGUGUUUGUUCUCCAGUAUAGAAUGUGUGGCGUCUUACCAAAUAGUCAUGUCGAGUACGAAAGUUUGCAAGAUGAAACAGUACAAAUUAUUGAAGACGAAGUCCUCGUAAAAUGUUGGGGGUAUAAAUGUAACUGUGCCAAAACAUUCUUGUUUUAUAUUUCAUCGAUUUUACUUGUUGGGACGCCUUAUUUGGUGCUUCAUUGGUGGUCUCACUACGAGGCCUACCUAAAAUGUUCAAGGUGUUCAUUAUCAGACGCUGACCAUGUACUUCUUGAGUCCGAAGGGCAGAAAUAUUUUCAUGCAGUGGUUACGACUGAUGGCAUUUGUAAUGAUUAUGCCAUUGGUCAAUUACGAUAUUUUAUCCAUCAGGAACUGAAGUUCAUAUGGAGCAGUAGCUUAAACAGAUUCUAUCGACUGCAUGGACUGGAUGACCAGAGUCUAACGUUGUCUGAAAUUCUGGAUGGAAGCAAAGGUCACAAUUCUGAAGUACGGCAACAGAUGUGUUCCCUGUAUGGUGAAAAUACCAUGUCAGUGAAAGUCAAGUCUUAUUGGUCAUUGUUUGUGAAUGAAGUUGUGAAUCCAUUUUAUAUUUUUCAAGUCUUCAGUAUUACUUUGUGGUCGUUAGAUAAUUAUUAUUAUUAUGCUGGGUGUGUCCUCCUGCUAUCAGCACUUUCUAUUGGAAUAUCUUUAUGGCAUACCAAACAGCAAAGCAUUUCACUGAGCAAACUUGCUGAGGAAUCCUGUUCAAAUAAAGUGACUCUACAAUGCGAAAAUGGAAAAUGUGUGGAGGUUGAUUCAAAAUAUUUGGUCCCAGGUGAUGUGAUCAUAAUUCCACAGCAUGGAUGCUUGAUGUCCUGUGAUGCCAUCUUGUUGAGUGGCAGUUGCAUUGUAAAUGAGAGCAUGCUUACUGGGGAAAGUGUGCCUGUGACAAAAACCCAGCCUUCGCAUUCAGAUGCUGUGUACAGUCUGCAAGAACACAAACGGCAUACUUUGUUCUCUGGCACUCGAGUUCUGCAGACACGGUUUUAUGCAAAUCAUCAGACUGGCCAUAUGGGCACAAGUGAUGCUGAACGUUCUGGACGCCCUGUGGAGGUUACGACUCCAGAAAUCAUUGAUAAAAUCCAUGAUAUGGUGAUGGAUGACAGAAGAGUUAAGGUGCAUGAGAUUGCUUGUGCUGUGGGCAUCUCGAAUGAACAGGUUUCUGCUCUUGUAGUUCGUACAGGAUUUUCUACUCUAAAAGGCGAAUUAAUCCGAUCCAUCAUGUUCCCUAAACCCAUAGGGUUUAAAUUUUAUCAAGAUUCUGUGAAGUUUAUAUUGGUUCUCUUCGCAAUUUCUCUUCUGGGAAUGGCCUUCUGUAUCUAUGUAUUCCUGAGGCAUAAAGCGACCUUGAAAGAGCUGAUAUUGCGGACAUUGGAUGUCAUCACGAUAGUAGUUCCACCAUCAUUACCAGCUGCCAUGACAUCAGGCACGGUUUAUUCACAAAAUCGUUUGAAGAAGCUGGGUGUGUUUUGUAUUUCACCUCCUAGAAUUAAUGUUUGUGGAAAGAUGAAAGUUAUAUGUUUUGACAAGACAGGAACCCUGACAGAAGAUGGUUUGGAUAUGUGGGGUGUUUUACCUUCGAAUGAUGCAAAAUUUGAAGUGGAACCAGUUCUUGAUAUUAAAAAGCUUCCUUACAAAUGCCACUUGGUAACAGCAAUGGCUACAUGCCACUCACUCACCCAUUUAGAAGGCAAUCUUGUUGGAGAUCCACUUGAUGUCAGCAUGUUUGAAGCAAUAAAUUGGGAACUAGAGGAACCAGCUUCUGAUACUGCACGAUUUGAUAAUCUUGCUCCCGCUGUAGUCAAACCCAGGAUCCUGUGCGGUGGGGAGGGAUCUUUCCUCAUGACACCUUUCAAUGAAUGUGAGAUUCCAUAUGAAGUUGGGAUUCUACGUCAGUUUCCUUUCACAUCUGCAGCUCAGUGCAUGUCAGUCAUCACUAGAGUUCUGGGCAGCAAGUUCAUGACAGUUUAUUGCAAAGGUGCCCCAGAAAAAAUUGUUAGCCUGUCAAGGAAAGAAACUGUGCCACGAGAUCUACACAGAAUACUUACAAAUUAUGCCUCUGGUGGCUUCAGAAUUAUAGCAUUGGCAUAUAGAGAUUUAGAUCCCAAGUUUUCAUGGUCCCAAGCACAACGAGCCAGAAGAGAAGUGAUGGAAUGUGAUCUUACAUUUCUUGGACUUCUGAUGCUCUGUAACAGCUUAAAGGCCGAGACACUGGGUGUCAUUCACCAUCUACAGACAGCUAAAUUACGGUGUGUUAUGGUUACAGGUGACAAUAUUCUUACAGCAGUCAGUGUGGCAAGAGACUGUGGCAUGGUACUACCAUUAGAAAAUGUUAUCCAGGUUGUAGUUACUCAAUCUGAAGAUGGUGAAUCUGUGUCAUUAAAGCUGAAGUCCAUUGGAGGAGGCUUGUAUCCUGAAUCACCAAGCAAUGAUUAUAGUAGUGAUGCUGUUAUUACCUUGGAUCUGGGUGCUAACUGGCAUUUCGCUGUUGAUGGACACUCUUGGAAAAUGAUUAAUGAUCAUUACCCAUAUCUUGUUCCACAAAUCACAGCAAAGGGAACUAUAUUUGCACGCAUGUUACCUGAUCAAAAAGCUCAGUUGGUUGAAUCACUGCAGAACAUUGACUAUAUUGUGACAUUUUGUGGUGAUGGUGCAAAUGACUGUGCUGCCCUGAAGACAGCUGAUGUUGGUGUGUCAUUAUCUGAGGCAGAAGCUUCUGUAGCAGCACCAUUUACCUCAAAACAUGCUAAUAUUGAAUGUGUUCUGCAUCUUGCACGUGAAGGGCGAUGCGCUCUUGUUACUAGUUUUGGGUUAUUCAAAUACAUGGCACUUUAUAGUUUGAUCCAGUUUUUUUCAACUCUCAUACUGUAUAAUCGCAGUUCCAUAUUAGGAGAUAUGCAGUUCCUGUACAUAGAUUUAGUUAUCACAACAUCACUUACUCUAGUUAUGGGACUGACAGGCCCAUCUAAGAAAUUAGUCCCACAGAGGCCUACCGGGAGCUUAGUAUCACUAGCUAACAUAGUGCCAUUAACAAUUCAUGUUAUGUUAGUGGCAUUGAUGCAGAUAGCAAGUUUACUUUUUCUUACCCAACAAAACUGGUUUGUGCCCAUUGAUCCUGCAACACCAGGGGAGCAUAUUUUGUCUUGGGAAAAUACGACAGUAUUUUGUACAAGUUGUUUUCAGUAUUUAGUACUUGCAGCAUUAUUUUCAAAAGGCCGUCCACAUCGUACACCAUUUUACACAAACUGUCUGUUAACAACAUUACUCAUAACACUUGGCAGUUUUACUGCAUGGUUGUUAGUGUAUCCCUUAAAACCAGUGGCAGAGUUUUUUGAAGUGGAAUCACUUUCAGAUGUUGAAGGUCAGCAGAUGUAUAGAUUAUAUCUACUGGGAUUUUCUGCAGUUCACAUGAUCUUAGCAUUCCUUGUGGAGACCUGUGUGGCAGACAAGAAGUGGAUGAAGACAUUUCUUCAUUGCAUCACAAGAAAGCGGGAACCAAAGAGUAGAUAUAAGAAAGUAUGUCUAGAUAUGGCUACUAAUGAUACGUUGUUAAAUUAUGUUGAUUUGUAGACACAGCUGAGUAGUGUGUAACUACUCAUAUCUUACAUUUAUGUUUUUUGUUUGUUGUCUUAUAAAAUCUCCAAAGUAUUUC